GUUUGCCUGAUGCUCAAGUCUUUAGGUCUAUCCAAUGGGAUGAUAUGUUGAAGUCGAGAAAAGAAUGGGAGAAUCGUUUCAAAGAGAUCAGUAUACCCCCAAUCUAUCUCCAUCAACCUACAUUUGCAGGCAUCAAUGGAACUAUAAACGGAAAUAUAAAUAAUGGAACCUUUACUGGAUAUUCAGAAAGAAUUAAUAAUGGAACCUUUACUGGACAUUCGGAAAGAAUUAUUUCAAAAAGAAACCUGGAAGAG